CUCGCGCCGGGCAGGAAGGACAACGGCGGCUGCCGACAGCUGGAAGACUGGGCGAGGCGAGCGAACCAAGGACCCGCCGCGCGCAGCCUGCGCUCAGGAACGCCUCCUGCGAGCAGCUGCCACGGAGAGACGUCAGAGCUGCGCAGGAGAUAAAGGCGGCGCCAGCUUCCCCUCGGCGAGGCAGAGAGCGCACGUCACACACUCGCGGAUUGACACAGCGAGCCUGUCGACAUGGCGGUGCCGGAAUUGCGUUGUCAAGAUGUGGACGACACGGCCGAAGGAGACCUCGGACUGUCCGACGAGUACGAUCGUCGACGAUGUUGCCCACCGUCCGCGUCGAUGGAGGACCUGUCGCGGACCCUGAUCGUCAGUCCCGUCCUGUCCGCUGCGUCGUCGUUCGACUCGCUCCUCGGGGCCAACGGUCACCAGUCCUGGACGCCCAGUCCUGAAUUUUCGUGUCAGGACAGAACCAGCUACCCCGACGAGAUCACUUUUCUUCAGAGCGAACUGGAUAUCUGCAAGAGACUCCUCAACGCCAAGUACCUAGCAGCACACAUUCUUCUCAAGCAGCUGCUCAAAGUAAGCGAAGAGAAAGAGCAGGGGAACAAGAUAAAUCACUUAAAGUUCAGGGACCUGUUCAAGGAGCUUAACACGCUGCAGUACGAGCUGCAAUGCAUGGAAGAACACCUUCGGAUCAGUCAGCAGAGUUGGCUGGACAAGCUCAACAGCAUCAUGGAAGAAAACCUAGAAAACAAGGCAAAACUCAAGGCACAAAGUGAAACCAUAAAGAAGCUGACAUAUACGGCACAAGUCCUAAGGCGGGAGCGUGACGAGCUGCUCGCUCUCACGGACGUCAAAGAACGCGAUGUGUACCUCCAGUCGUGCAUGGACAAGUUCGACGAGUGGUGCGACAGCUCAUCGUUAGAGGUAGCAGUUCUCGCGGCCUGCACGUGCAGGGGACCGAACCAGGAACCCUGCAAGUGUGCCCACGCGGUCUCUUACAAGCAGCGACAGUUGAACGAACUUACGGAACGGGCCAAAAAACUGGAAGCGCAGAUGUUCGACAAUGCCAAGACAUCCGACAUAUAUCGCGAGGCGUUCGAAGUCCAGCUGGCAAAAAACAGAAAGCUAACUCGGAAGGUUAUCGAACUGCAGUCGAGAAAAGAUGUUCUGGGAACAAUCAUCGCAAAGAGCAAGGGCAUCGACAACCAGAAGAGCCUGAUAGACGACCUUGUAGAAAAUCUCUGUGACAAGAACGAGGCCCUUGUGCAUCAGCAAGUCAUGGUGAAGCUCCUCGCUCUCCAGAUAGGCCGCAUGGAAACAUCGCAGAUGGACUCAUGACUGGGUGCCACCGGCACACGCACCGAGCAUCCUGUCACAUCUCAAGAACCCAGGAUGGAGCGGUGCGAGCCGGGUCCCGCAAUGCUUAAGAAUAUUUUCAAAUGUGACGCGACAAAGUGUAUGCUAAAACACCGAAGACUGGACAGUGCAUGCUUUUAAAGAGCAGCUCCACUGAGAUUGAAAACUAGCUUGCGACGGGCAGUGUCCCCUAUAACCGGUUCACACAGGAAAAGUGGUGACACGCCUCAGAAGGAGUGGAAGAGAGAAAAGUAAAAAGUGAAGAGGGAUAGACAUCGUUAAAACAAGUUCCUUGCUCUCUGCAGUUAUGGCUCUAUCCCUUCUUUUGACUCACAUACCGCCUGUUCCACAAAAACAAAAUACUUCGAGCCGCGCCUUGCCGCUACUUCUCCGCACAGAGGGGCUUUAGUGCAACCAGAGGCGAGGGAUUGGGUCGCCCUGAAAACUGUGGCGAGUAGGCACAUGCUUCCUGUCGAACCGGUCACAUGUUCAUCUUGGUGUGGAUGAAGGGGGGCAUCGGUGGUCGGUGUGUAAAGAAUUAUCCAAACAGAACACAGCAAAUGCCGUGCACAGCAAAAGGAAAAAGAAAAAAAAUCUAAAAGUGUGGAAGUUUUGACGUGCGCUUAUGUUUUCAGCGAGGACAUUAACCACGCAAACAGCACGGCUUUCCUCCUUGCGGUCGUUUCUUCCCCUUCCUUGUUUUCGAGAGAUUGGGAACUGACAACAGCGGAGGCCUUGGCAACAGCCAGCAGAGCUUAUGAGUGGCAGCCCGGUUGCACUUGAUAAGCACGCUCCAAGCCUCUACCCAAGGACGCAAGCGGAGGUAGCUUUCCCCUGCCAGAACAACAACAAAGAAAACGUCCCAAAGCGGACUGGAAAUGGAGGAAAACCUCGACUUCCGAUACAGCAAAUUCCGUGCACGGCAUCUGCUGUGUCCUUUUGGGCAGCCCUUUAACGCACGCACCAUACCGCAACUCGGAGCACAUGGAGCAAAAGGUCGCACUGCAGAACCCAGGGAUCCUGCAGGUUCAAUCCCCACCCCUGCCUGUUUCUCUCUGGAUGAGCAUCGUACCGGUGUGCGGUCGUGCGUCACCACUACGUGAUGCAUGUUAAAGAUCCCAGGCUAGCAGUCGUAUUGCACUGGCUAGAUUUCUCAUCUACGGCGUAAACCAGUGUCGUCAUACCUCAAAGGCAGAUCAACCUUACGCUGUCUAAACAAAAACGCUUACUAAUUUGCUUUUUUUUUUUUUUUUAUGAAUGAAGAGUAUACUGCUUAUUUCUUCGCAUUAGCUGCAUAACCCAUUUGUGCCAAUGAAAGACGAAUGCUUGUGCUGCGAUAUUUGAAACAUGACAUUUGUGCCCAUAACUUGCUAGAUUUCCACGGUAUUUACAGAUAAUUUCGGCAGGUCUCGGAGAAAAAAAUGGGCGUAGAAAAUUUGAUAAGCCAUUUAAUAGUUAUUAUUUGGUAUCCUGUAUGCACAUAAGCAUGGCUGAGUUCGUGUUAAUGUAGACACUGGUGUCACCUGUAUACCUCUGAGUUAAAAUCAGAAAAGCUUCUGGCAACCAAAUGAAGGAGAACAAACUUUUUAUGCCCCACUUUCCUGUCUUCAUGGACCGCUGUUUGCUUCUGUCGUUAUUGCAACCUAUUUUUUACGCAAAGUCGAAAUCACGAGAAACAGACAAAAAUAAACUCUAAUUCUAGCUUCGUACAAUAAGCACUGCGGCAAAGUUAUACACCGACAACCAGAAACCCUACAUAUAAUAACCAAACAAACCUUGGCGCUGCUGCCAAGAACUGUGGACUCCAAAAAGUCUAAAUUUGAACUACACGAUAUAGAGGCCAAACAAAACAAAUGGACACACAAAAUAAAAACUUAACAAAAUGGGGUCAUGACUGAUGUAUCAUACAGACAUCUGGAGGGUUAGGUGGACAUUUACAUGUAUGUUUUAAAAGGUCACGGAAGUGACGUAAUGACGUCUGAUUGGUGGAGGCAAUUGGCUCCACUAAUCAGACGCCAUUACAUUACUUCGGUGACCUUUUAAAACGUUCAUGUAAAUGUCCAACUUAGCCCUCCAGCAGUCAACUUAUGCUCUCUUGUCCAUCAUCAAGAGAGAAGUGCCAUGGUUAGUGAGGACAUUGGUGCAAUUCUCUUACAACUAGGAAACAUUGGACCAACAUUCACACUGGGAAGUUCUUUGCUGUUUGAGGCGAGAACGGGAGUUUUGAGGACAAGGACAUAUAGGGCUAAAUUUCAGGAGACAGACACAUUAUGUGCCGCCUGCCAUAAUGAUAGCAAGACACUCGAGCACUUGGUUUUGAAGUGCACGGGGCUUCACCCUACCCUUCCUAAAGGGGUAACUGAUUUGGCCGGGGCCCUGGGUUUCGUUGGCAACGAUGGAAGGACGGAAGAGAAAAGGAUUACAAUGGCAAAGAGGCGAUUAGAAGAUUGGUAGAAAUUAUCUAGGGAAAAUUGAAUGAUGAACAACUAACUAGCACAGCUGGGGACAGACAGGACAGAGCAAAAUUGGGACUCCCUCCCGCGUGGCUUCGGCCCAAAGUCUCAACCCUGUCUUCCAGUGGGCCCGGUGCUGGGGUAACGCCGACAAGGUUUGACCAGAGGAAACUCCCCCGAAGGUCAUCCUGGUGAUAUCCCAUGCUGCCUGGUGAUAGUUAGGGGGAGAAAAUUGGUCUUAGAAGGGCAAGAGGAAUCGUAUAAAGGUUUUGUCUUUUUAGACUUUGGCUAGGUGGCGCAAGCUACCGCCCGUUACAAAAGGUAUAGCCAUUAAUAGCCAUCCAUCCAGUUUCUGGGCAUGAAUAUAUGAGUGGAGCUGCCCUUUAAAGCUAAAACAUGAUAAGCAUAUAUGAUGUACAAACUUCAGCCAAUCCACACAGUGCAAGCGUUGUCAUGCAUUGCGGACGCACAUCUUUUUAUGCUGACAGAUAUGACGUUUCUCGGCAGUGCCCAGUCGUUUCCAAACACUUUUUAGCAUCCU